AUGGUGGAGGUGACGGUGACGCCGCAGUCCUCGCUGGCUGACCGGGCGGUGCAGGUGGUGGUGCGGGGGCUGGCCCCCUCGCAGCUGGUCACCCUGCGGGCCUGGCUGACGGACGAGCACGGCGAGCGCUUCCAAGCGCGUGCCUUCUACCGCGCCGACGAGGCGGGCGAGGUGGACGCCGGGAGGCACGCCGCCCUGGGGGGCAACUACGCUGGCGUCUGGCCCAUGGGGCUCUUCUGGUUCCUGCAGCCCGACAGCCUCUUCCGACGGCUGGUGAAGCGCGACGUGGCGGGCAGCCCCUUCCUCGUCCACCUGGAGGUCUUCGAUGGCCUCUGCCUGGUGACGGGGCCGCAGGACGAGCCGCUGGCCGCCUGCACGGCUGAGCGGUGGUAUGUGGGCCCCGGCGUGCAGCGGGUGCCCAUCCGGGAGGGACAGGUCCGGGGGGCCCUGCUGCUGCCACCAGGGCCAGGUCCCUUCCCGGCGGUGAUUGACCUGUUUGGGGGCGCGGGCGGCCUCAUUGAGUUCCGGGCUGGGCUGCUGGCCAGCCGGGGCUUUGCGGUGCUGGCGCUGGCCUUCUUCGCCUACGAGGAUCUGCCCCGCACCCUCACCCAGCUGGACCUGGAGUACUUCGAGGAGGCGGCCAACCUGCUCCUCCGGCACCCCAAGGUGCGAGGCCCGGGCCUGGGCGUCGUCGGCGUGUCCAAAGGGGCUGAGGUGGCCCUGGCCAUGGCCACCUUCCUCCCGCAAGUGGUGGCCACGGUGUGGAUCAACGGCACAGCCUUCCUGCACGGCAACUCGCUGAUCUACAAGGGCCUCCGCAUCCCCCCCAUCCCCUACCACACCGAGCGCAUGCUCUUCACCGAGCUGGGCGCCAUGGACAACUCGGCCAUCUUCGCCGACCCGCGGGACCCCGCCUGCAGCGCCUCGGCCAUCCCGGUGGAGAAGAUCCAGGGGAAGGUCCUCUUCGUGGUGGGGGAGGCCGACCGCAGCUUCAACAGCAAGCUCUUCGCCCAGCUGGCCACCGCGCGCAUGCGGCAGGACGGCUACCGCCUGCUCUCCUACCCGGGGGCUGGGCACCUCAUCGAGCCCCCCGGCUCGCCCCUCUGCAGCGUCUCCAGCCUGCGGGGCAGCCCCCGGCCUGUGGUGUGGGGUGGGGAGCCCCAACCCCACGCCAAGGCGCAGGAGCACUCGUGGCAGGAGAUCGUCCAGUUCCUGGAGCUGCACUUGGGCCCUGCCGCCUCCAUCAAGCUGUGA